GUGAUGGAAAGGCCAAGGACGAGACGGGUAGAGGAUAUCUUGGAGGCUAGGAGGAAGUUGGCACCAGUCCUGGAGAAGGACCACGAGUCACAGUACAGCUGCGAUGUGAUUGGGCAGCCACACGAAGAAGAAGAAGAAGAAGAAGAAGAAGAAGAAGAAGAAGAAGAAGAAGAAGAAGAAGAAGAAGAAGAAGAAGAAGAAGAAGAAGAAGAAGAAGAAGAAGAAGAAGAAGAAGAAGAAGAAGAAGAAGAAGAAGAAGAAGAAGAAGAAGAAGAAGAAGAAGAGGGCACGGUUGACACAGUGGAGGACAGAGGAGAAAUGGCAUGGCGAUAGAGGUAGAAGAAGGAGCGACCAA